AUGCAGUUUGGUUUUGUAACAUUAUUUGUUGCUGUUUUUUCAUUAGCACCAUUAUUUGCAUUGUUAAAUAAUCUAUUGGAACUUCGAUGUGAUGCCUGGAAAUUUUUAACAAAAUAUCGUCGACCUACUCUAUGUAAAGCGGCAAACAUUGGCGCGGCGGUCAUUGCUUGGACAUUAGAAUUUAUACCAAGAUUAGCCUAUCAGGUAAUAGAAAACACAGGAACAAGUCUUGGUGGUUAUAUCAAUUGGACACUUUCUUCGUUUCCGAUUAAUGCUUACAAUAAAACAGGUACAAUGAAUCCAGAUGUUCCAUUGAAUCUGACUUAUUGUUGCUAUCGUGAUUUUCGAGAACCAACUAGUCCGAACUAUUCUCACACGUCACUUUAUUAG